AUGGCCCACCUGCGUUCGCUCCCACACCUAGCCCCGUUCCAGACAGCACUGACACCUCACCUCCAGGACACCCACGACCUCUUCUCAACCCUCGUCGCCUCCCUCCAGCUCUCCACCAACACCCGCUUCUUCCGCUCCUACCCCAACUCAUUCACCACCAAAGAUGCCGCCGCCAACCUCUCCUCCCUCCGCUUCUCCCAGUCCAACCGCUCGACAGACCCCAACGACCCCUCCCGGAUUGUCACCACCGCCACCACCACCUUCUCCAUGAACCGCGACAUCGCAAAGGGCAUCUGCCAGCACUUCAUAGACGCCCGCCUCAUCGAGAACGCCGCUGAACCUCUCAACCCGACCUUCAAGGAGCGCGGCAUCUACCAGAUCACCCCCAAGUUACCUGCCUCGCGGUUACUUGGAAAGCAAUCCCGCAGCGGUUUCCAGUCUCGAGAGCUUUGUGCGACGAAAGUUAAGGCACUGUUGGGGCAGAGUGAGGGACUUGCUCCUGAGUGCAAUCCAACCUGGUACGGUUUCUCUCAAUUACUCUUGUUUUUGUGCGGCUCCCUCGGAGUCCUUCAGUGUACAUAG